AGCGGUCUCGCUGCGGUUCGGCUCUAGUGGCAUCUCUCCUCCGCCCCCUCGGUCCGGAGUCCCGACCCUCCGAGGAUCGCCCUCGACCUUCCCUUUGCCCCAUUUCUCCCGCCUCCCAGCACCUGUGUCUGGCUAUCCGACUGUCUUCACUCGCCGCGCACCCCCGCCCGCGUCUCCCUCCCGCCUCCAACCCCGCGACCUCCCGCAGUCCGCCCCCGCGGCCCAUCCUGCCAGUCGGCUCCCGCCGCAGCCUCCCCAGUCUUACCGCGCGCUGGGCCCGCGCCCCCGCGGCCCCGGAGUCUGUCCUCGGACUCCCCCAUUCCCUCCUUCUCCCGCACGCACCCGCACCCUCAGCGCCCCUUCCCCACCCUGGCCCACCGGCAUGCAGGUGUCCAUCGCGUGCACCGAGCAGAACCUUCGCAGCCGGAGCAGUGAGGACCGACUGUGUGGAGCCCGGCCGGGCCCUGGGGGCGGCAAUGGGGGGCCGGCCGGCGGGGGGCACGGAAAUCCUCCAGGAGGAGGAGGGUCCGGCCCCAAGGUCCGGACCGCUCAGGUCCCCCGGCCCCCGGCGCCUGCUGGGGCCCUCCGAGAGAGCACCGGCCGAGGCACUGGCAUGAAAUACAGGAACCUAGGAAAGUCUGGUCUUCGGGUAUCCUGUCUUGGCCUAGGUACCUGGGUCACGUUUGGUUCUCAGAUCUCGGAUGAGAUAGCAGAGGAUGUGCUGACAGUAGCUUACGAGCAUGGUGUAAACCUGUUUGACACGGCCGAAGUGUAUGCAGCAGGACAGGCUGAAAGAACCCUAGGCAACAUCCUCAAAAGCAAAGGUUGGAGGAGAUCAAGCUAUGUUAUCACCACCAAGAUUUUUUGGGGAGGACAGGCAGAAACUGAACGAGGCUUGAGCCGUAAACACAUCAUUGAGGGCUUGCGAGGAUCUCUAGAACGCCUCCAACUAGGAUAUGUGGACAUUGUCUUCGCCAAUCGUUUAGACCCCAACAGUCCCAUGGAGGAGAUUGUGCGAGCCAUGACCUAUGUCAUCAACCAGGGCCUGGCCCUAUACUGGGGGACAUCCCGAUGGGGAGCUGCAGAAAUCAUGGAGGCAUAUUCCAUGGCCAGGCAGUUCAAUCUGAUUCCUCCCGUGUGUGAACAAGCUGACCACCAUCUGUUUCAGAGAGAAAAGGUGGAGAUGCAUCUGCCAGAGCUCUACCACAAGAUUGGUGUUGGUUCAGUCACCUGGUCUCCAGUGGCCUGUGGCCUGAUCACUAGCAAAUAUGAUGGACGAGUCCCAGAUACCUGCAGGGCCACCAUCAAGGGUUACCAGUGGCUCAAAGAAAAGGUGCAGAGUGAGGAUGGAAAGAAGCAACAAGCCAAAGUUAUGGACCUUCUCCCCAUGGCUCACCAGUUAGGCUGCACUGUGGCCCAACUUGCUAUUGCCUGGUGUCUCCGCAGCGAGGGAGUCAGCUCAGUCUUGCUGGGGGUGUCCAGUGCAGAGCAGCUGAUAGAACACCUGGGCGCCCUGCAGGUGCUGAGCCAGCUGACCCCGCAGACGGUGAUGGAGAUCGACGGGCUUCUGGGGAACAAACCGCAUUCCAAAAAAUAGUCCGUGGGGGCGCAGGGACCCAGACCCGUCGCGGCGGCACCCCUGAAGAACCGAGACCCGCUUUCCCACGGCCACCUCCUGCCCGCUCCGGAUCCUCCAGCAGCGCCGGAGCUCGGGACGGCCCCGCCUGCCAACGAGUCCCGGCUUCGAGUAGCGACGCGCAUGAACAAAGCCAUAUCCUCUCGCAGUGGGGCUGGAAAGAAAAAGUAGUCCUUCGCCCCGGCGGCGUUUUCCUAGGCCUUCUUGCUAUUCCGGGCAUGAGCUACUGGGCCGCACUUAUCUGCCACCUGGUCUCGCUCCCUUCUUCCUUUCCUCAACCGCCAAGGCCCAGAGAAAAAAUUUCAAGAAACAUGCUGGGAACCUCCAAAGUAGAGCCUUGAAAUAUCAAGGGAUCAUAAGCUAAUAAGAGAGUUAUGAUGUCUUAUGGGACAAAAGAAAUGGGGCUUUGAAGUUUUUCCGUACAAAGGAAGCCAGGCUGGUCCUGGCAGGAAGUGAAUGAUUCUUUUUCGGAAACCAGGACCCUGCCUCCCAGCCAGGAGGUUGAGGGCGGUUGAAACUCCAUCUAGUGUUAAUAUUCUGUUCUGCCAAGAGUUCUGCCACAGCCUUGAGGAAGGUGGAGGGGAGUCUGUUGGCAGUCAGGGUAAUCCUUGGAAAGCAAAGUUGGCAGUGCUUCGCACAAAUAGUGGCAUGGUCAUAGCACACAUGGAUGGGGCUAAGGUGGAAAUGUUUGAGGGGUAGAUUUUUGAGCCUUCAGCAAAUUUCCUCCCUGGCAGUAGAGGCCUGCAUUCUUCCUCCUGGCAAUAAUCUUAAAGCAAUAAUGAUUGCCCCUGCUCUGUAAGACUUCAGAUGGAACUGUAAAUAAAAUCUCAGCUUGAUCCUCA